AUGGCCCUUAUUAAUAAAAAUGCGCAAGACGUUGCUAUCAGGGAGAUAACUCGAAUUGAAAGAAUUGGUGCACAUUCCCAUAUUCGAGGUUUAGGACUAAACGAUGAAUUGGAUGCUCGUAAAAAUUCCCAAGGCAUGGUUGGCCAGUGUAAAGCAAGAAGAGCUGCUGGUGUUAUUUUAAGCAUGAUUCGCGAUGGUAAGAUUGCAGGUCGUGCAGUCCUUCUGGCUGGUCCUCCGGGAACUGGGAAGACAGCUAUAGCAAUGGGAAUGGCUCAAGCCCUUGGUCAAGAUACUCCUUUUACAGCAAUGGCUGGAAGUGAGAUAUAUUCCCUCGAGAUGAGCAAGACAGAAGCCUUAACUCAAGCUUUCAGAAAGUCAAUUGGCGUUAGGAUAAAAGAAGAAGCAGAGAUUAUCGAAGGAGAAGUGGUGGAAAUUAUUAUCGAUCGACCCGCAACUGGAACUGGUGCAAAAAUAGGAAAGCUUACGCUUAAGACAACGGAGAUGGAAACUAUUUAUGAUCUUGGUCAGAAGAUGAUUGACAGCCUGACAAAAGAAAAAGUUCAAGCUGGAGAUGUAAUUACUAUAGACAAGCCUUCGGGCAAAAUUACCCGACUUGGACGGUCGUUUACGCGUGCUCGCGACUAUGAUGCAACUGGAAGUCAAACCAGAUUUGUACAGUGCCCAGAAGGCGAACUUCAAAAGCGAAAAGAAGUUGUUCAUACCGUUACUUUGCACGAAAUCGAUGUAAUUAACAGCAGGACUCAAGGAUUCUUGGCUUUAUUUAGUGGGGAUACUGGUGAAAUAAAAUCAGAAGUCCGUGAUCAGAUUAAUGCAAAAGUUGCUGAAUGGAGAGAGGAAGGAAAGGCUGACAUUGUGCCUGGAGUGCUCUUCAUUGACGAAGUUCAUAUGCUUGACAUUGAGUGUUUUUCUUUUCUCAAUCGCGCCUUAGAGUCAGAUUUGGCUCCUAUUCUUAUCAUGGCUACUAAUCGGGGUAUAACAAGGCAUGUCAUUUCUCUGAACAUUUUCAUGAUACAUUAG